CAGGGAAGCUCUGCUGUUCAUUCUUUUUCAUGUUGAGUGGAAAUGAGAAUUGCGGAGUGACACGGGGCCGAAAAGUGCCAACCGCUCGCAAUGCCAAUCUAUGUUUUAGCCCGCACACCGUGUGACAGCCCAGCAGCGAGCAAGGGCCGCAUUGCGGUCGCAAAAAAAUGUCCUUUCAGCUCGUUACGUAGCCGCAGCCCGAGGCGGCUCCUUCGUUCCCGUUUGACGGAUGGGCGCGCCCAAGAUCAGAAAGACCGCGGGGAGAAACCCCGGACAGGCCGUGGCGUGUGAUAGAUUGCGCUGGGCGUCAAGACCAGGGCGCAAGCUUCUCGGCGCCGGCCGGGCAACGCCCAUCCAAAGCGGGGCGGCCGGGCUCCGCCAAUGAGGAACAAGAGGAGGCGGCCCCGACUCGGCGCAGGGGGAUCUCAGCGGGAGCGUUCUGGGGCUGGUUGGCCGGUGGUGGCGUGAGAUUUGAGCCUCAGCGGAAUGCGCGCCUCAUCGGUGACGCCGGAACCCAUUCGCCCCCCCUUCAUUUUCUCCGCCCGGCGGCGGGCCCAGAAUUGGGCGCCCGCGCGGUGUGGCAGUUAGUCCCGCCGCUCUCCCGUAUCUGUGCGCCGGGGGGCCGGUUGGUUCGUUCGUGUGUUCGUUGCCCCCCGCUCCUGGUGGCCUACGCUUGUGGGCGGUCGGUCCGGCGGGCGGGGUCGCCUGGGGUCCGCCUCGCUCUCUGGCCAAGGCGCGGGGGGGGGGAGGCGCGGGGCCAGGCACGUAAUACCGUCCGCGCGUCGCGCCCCAGUUCGGAAGGACGUGUUGCGCUAUGGCCCAAGUUUGGGCACUACUUUGGCGGGCGGGGGUGGCAUACAAUUAGGGCCCGCCGGCCCACGUUCGCUCUGUCGCGCGCCUGGGCCAAUGUUGUGCGCCCCCCUUCCCCGCCCGGCCCCUCCGGGGACGCGAGAUGUGGCGCUUGAUUUUGUUUCUCCUGUUUCCUCAAUUUCUGUCCGAAAGGUGUCGGAGCCCGCUCGAUUCUGUGUUCCAUCCUCGUGUAU